AUGGCCACGAUGCUUCUUCUGGAGAAGCACACAGGAUGCUCCUGUGGCAGUGUGGCAGGGCGGGAUUCUUCGAAAACUAUCACAAGUCACUUCUUAUGCGAGGGUGAAGCUCAAGCAGCUGGCCAACUCAACGCAGUUCUGCGCCGCCCCACAUCGGUGAUGUCUGACCUCUCUGCAGAGGUGGCAGAGGAGAUUGAGAAGCACAUCGAUGAGCGGAACGAGGACCAAAGCAUGGGCAAAGGGGGCGGGGAGAAGGGAGGCGAGAAAGGAAAGGGAAAGCCUGCUGGGAAGGGCGGCAAAGGUAAGAAAGGAGAUGCGACCAUCGCACAGAAAGAGUGGGAUGCUUCCACCGAAGAGGGUGAGCUGGAAGCACCUUCCACAGGCAAUGCCAAAGGCAAAGGCGAUGGAAAGGGAAAGACUGGAAAAGGCAAAGAGGGCGAAGGAAAGAAUGGAAAGGAGGAGGGAAAUGGCUGCACGUAUCCCAACCUUCUCGCGUCGCGCUGGCGCGACGAGUUGGCCAAGGCACGGAUCGAGAAUGACCGACUUCUGCAGGUGCAGCGACUCCAUCAGGAGCUUUUGGAGGCCGAGAGGCGGGCCAAGGAAGAGAUGCAGCAGCGCCACGCAGCGGUGGAAGGCGACAAACAGAAGAUGGCCCAGGAUCAGGCCAAGAUGCAAGCAGACCAGGCCCGCGAAGCUCAGCUAAGAGCGCAG